UUUGUUUUCUGUCCUGGACGCCAUUUUAUUCAAGUAUGCCUCUGGAUUGCUAUUAAUUCGACUACAAAAUGCAAAAUUUUAUAUCAAACAAAAAAUUUGAAAUAUUUUCAUUUAUUGCAGUAGUCUCAAAUUUCAUUCUCUAGUAAGCUCAUACUCAUCAAAUAAAUUUUAUUUAAUGUUUAAAUGGAUACUGUAACUGUGUUUGUUAUCUUGACAACUUUUGUUUAUGUUGUAUUUAGAUAUUCAGGUGACUAACACGUGCUUGGAAGGUCUUUGACAUAUGUUUGUUCCUUAUUAUCUGUCGAAUUAUUUGAACUAUUCAGACAAUUAUCGGUGUUUGAAGUUUUUGAUAGCAAUCACAUCUCUCUCUAUAAAUUGUGUUCAUACUAUUAUUAUGUAAUUAUUUUUAUUAUUUUACCAAGUGAAAUAUGUCUCAAAGAAUAUUGCUGAAAAAAUUGAAAUCAUUGGCUGUUCUAUCAAUUGGUGGAACUGCUGCUUUUACUGCUAUAAGUUUAUAUCAAGGAAAUGAAAAGUUUUAUAAGAAUGUUGCAAUGCCAGCUUUACAUUUUCUCUUCUCACCAGAAACUUCACAAAAUAUUGGAAUUAUGGCUGCUAAAUGGGCGUUAAUACCAAAAUGUAAAGUUGAAGAUGGACCUCUUUUGAAAACAUCUUUGUGGGGACUUGAAUUUUCUAAUCCAAUUGGCAUUGCAGCUGGUUUAGAUAAAAAUGCAGAAGCCCCUUCGGGCUUAUUUAGAUGUGGUAUAGGAUUUUUGGAAGUUGGGACAGUAACACCUGUGCCUCAAGAUGGAAAUCCAAAACCUAGAAUUUUUUCCUUACCUGAAGAUGAAGCUUUAAUAAACAGAUGUGGUUUUAACAGCAAAGGACAUGAAUAUGUUAAAAAGCGUUUGGUAGUUAGAGACAAAAGGGGCAUCCUUGGAGUCAAUUUGGGUAAAAAUAAAGAAAGUGAGUCUGCUGAAGAAGAUUAUGUUCAAGGAGUCAAAGAAUUUGCUUUCACAGCUGAUUAUUUAACAGUUAAUAUUUCAAGUCCAAAUACUCCAGGAUUAAGGUCUCUGCAAAAAAGAAAAGAAUUAGAAAACUUACUGGAUAAGGUUUUGGCAGCCAGAGACGAAACUUAUAAAAAGCCUCCAGUCUUAUUAAAAAUCGCUCCAGAUCUCACUUAUGAAGAAAAGAAAGAUAUUGCUUCUGUAGUUCUUAGAAAAGAGAAAAAAAUUGAUGGCCUUAUUAUUUCAAAUACCACAAUUUCAAGACCUGAAUCCUUAAAGGGAACACAUAAAAAUGAGACUGGUGGAUUGAGUGGAAAGCCUUUGAAACAGCUGAGUACUGAGGCAAUUAAAGAUAUGUAUAAAUUAACAAAAGGUCAAAUACCAAUAGUAGGAGUUGGAGGAGUUUCAAGUGGAGAAGAUGCUUAUGAAAAAAUUAAAGCUGGUGCCUCACUCGUUCAGCUUUAUACAGCACUCACAUAUGAAGGACCUCCAGUUAUAGGAAAAAUCAAAAGAGAGUUAAAAGAAUUGUUAAUAGCUGACAAUUAUAAUAACAUCGCAGAAGCUGUUGGAGCUGACCAUAGAUCAUAAAAACUGUUCCAUCAACUGAUAGCAUGAAGUUAUUGCAUUUUUAAUGACAAUGUGAUGUUCCAUAUUAUGAAUUUUAUCGUAGUGUGAAUCUCAGUUUGCAAAAAUCAGAAAACUUAAUAGUAAUACAUGUAUGAUUCUAAAUAGAUGAACAUUAAAUCAAAAAUCAGUGGAACAAUACUGAAUAAAUUUACAAAUUAAUUAUUAUUAUUAUUAUUUUUUACUUUUACUGUUUUUAGAAUAGUUUCUAAGCAACUAGUCAUUUGUUACUCGAUAAACACUUUACUUGAUAAUUUAUAACUUGAUAAACACAAAAUUUAU